GAAGCCAAUGCAAUGUCCGUAAACUAAACCUGAAACUUAUCUAGCCUCCUAAUGCAAAUGGAAUGCCAAAGGCAAUGAUGCCUGGAUUCAGGAUGCCUAUGCCAGGAGGACCAAUGCCUCCAAUGGGUGGACCACCUCCUGGCUUCAUGCCACCUGGAAUGGAUCCUGUUUUCCCCAUGAACCCGGCAAACAUUCCCACUCCAUCUGCUAUGCCACCCCAGGCAUAUCCUGGUGGAGACAAAGCUGCUACGUCCACAACAGAAAAGAGAAGUGCAUGGGGGGAACACAAGGCCCCUGAUGGGAGGAUCUAUUAUUACAACAGUCUCACCAAGGAGUCCAGCUGGGAAAAACCAGAAGAUCUUAAAUCUCCACAAGAGAAACUGCUGUCCCAGUGCCCGUGGAAAGAAUAUAAAUCUGAUGCUGGCAAAGUCUACUUCCACAAUUCUGUCACCAAGGAGAGUAGAUGGACAAAGCCAAAGGAGCUAGGGGAAUUGGAAGCAAUGAUUGCAGCCUCCGCUCCAGCUUCCUCAGUUGAUAGUCCGUCGAAUAAAAGUGAACCUUCCUCUGCCAUUGAGCAGGCCAUGCAAGCCACUCUGGCAUCCAUAGAGUUGCCUCCCCCGCCCUCUGCUGCUGCGGCAGCCACGCUGCCUGUAGUUGAGGCUCCAGUUGAACCGAAAAAGGAGCCAAUGCCUGUUGCAGAGAAAGAGGAGCCACCCAAAAAGGAGCAAUAUAUUUUUAGAAACAAGAAGGAAGCCAUUGAAGCUUUCAAGUGCUUACUCAAGGAGAAGGAGGUUCCUUCCACGGCUAGCUGGGAGAGUGCCAUGAAGCUCAUCAUCAACGACCCUCGCUACGGCGCUCUGAAGCACCUCAAUGAGAAGAAACAAGCUUUUAAUGAGUACAAGACGCAGCGGGCGAAAGAGGAAAAGGAAGAGCAGCGUCUGAGGGCUAAACAGGCAAAGGAAGAUUUGGAGCAGUUUUUACUACACAAUGACAGAAUGAACUCCUCCAUCAAAUACUGGAAAGCAGAUACUAUGUUUGGAGAAGAUGAAGCCUGGAAGAGUGUCAGUGAGAGGGAGAGGAGAGAUCUCUUUGACGAUGUGGUGCAUCUCAUUGCAAAGAAAGAGAAGGAAGAAGCAAAAGUCCUGCGCAAACGUAACAUCAAAGUGUUCACAGAGAUCCUCGACAACAUGCCCAACCUGACGUUCACGACCACCUGGUCGGAGGCACAGCAAAUGUUGCUGGACAACCCUCGCUUCACAGAGGACCCAGACUUGGAGAAUAUGGACAAAGAAGAUGCCCUUGUGUGUUUUGAGGACCAUAUCCGUUUGUUGGAGCAAGAAAAUGAUGAUGAGAAGGAAAGGGAACGGCGUAGGCUGAAAAGAAACCAGAGGAAGAACAGAGAAAGUUUCAUUGUAUUGCUGGAUGAACUCCACCACCAAGGCAAGCUCAACUCCAUGUCCCUGUGGAUGGAUUUGUUCCCGGUGAUCAGCCAGGACAUGCGGUUUGGCAGCAUGCUCGGGCAGCCCGGCUCUACCCCUCUUGACCUUUUCAAGUUCUACGUCGAAGAUCUCAAGUCACGGUUUCACGAUGAGAAGAAAGUGGUUAAAGAGAUUCUCAAGGAAAAAGGUUUCUUCAUUGAGAUUUCUACGACGUAUGAGAGUUUCAGCAAUGCUAUCCUCAGUGACAAACGUUCAAGUAACCUGGACAGUGGAAACAUCAAACUCACAUACAACAGUCUCUUGGAAAAAGCAGAGGCACGAGAAAAGGAAAGAUUGAAGGAUGAGGCGAGACGGCUGAAAAAGUUGGAGUCUGCUUUCAAGAACUUGCUAUCAAAACACAAUAUUGAUCUCGACACCAAGUGGGACCAUAUAAGACCAAAACUUGAAGGAGAACAAGCGUUUGAAAGCAUCACAUUAGAGGCUGAAAGAAUCCGCUUGUUCAAAGAACACUUGAUAGCCAUUGAAGAAAGUUGCUCACAUUAUCAUCCCAAGAAAAAGAAGUCUAAGAAACACAGGUCUCGUCGCUCUAGGUCUAGAUCUGAAAGUGACUCGGAAGACGACAGCCGGCAUCGGUCGUCAAAGAAGAAGCGCAGAAAGUCAGAGUCUCGCUCUCCCAGUAGAGGGUCAGACUCUGACAGAUCUCGAGGAGAUGAUGACGACAGGGGAGCCAAGAAACACAAGAAGAAGUCUAAGAAAAAGAAGCACAACUCCCGAUCAGCAUCCCGGUCAGAUGGCUCGGACCAUGAGAGGGAUCGGCGCAGCUCCUCCAAAAUCACGAGGAAAAGAAAAGAGUCCCCAGAGCCUCCCCCAGCACCGCCGUCCAAGAGAGACAGGUCCAGCAAGCAGCAGACUUCGGCCAGUCAUUGGGAGAGUUCGGACAGCGGCAUGAGCGAGGCGGAGUUGGAGAACCAGCGCAGGAUGUUGCUGCAACAGCUGCAGGAUGACGCCUGAGACUACAAGUUCACACUUGUGUACAUGGACUCACACAUAGGGAUAUACACAUACAUAAUACAUAUGGGACACACAAACCGUGGUGGUGCACACUCGCCCCUCCAUACAUGUAGGUAGGCUCAUGUACAGUGAUGUGCGAAGGAGCACAUAUGCAUAUUCACAAGCACACACGUGCAAACACACACACACACACACACGCACACACACACACACACACACACACACACACUGUGCUCAUACACCUGAUAGACACACACACAGACUUUCUGACACAUGUGAGGCACCCAAGACGCUGAUGGUUGUAACACUUUGCGCUGGACUCGGGGCAUAAAUAGUUAUCUGAAUACAGCUUGUAUGGGUUAGAUUUGGGAAUGGGUGGGGGAUGAUUACAGUUCAGUUUGUGUAAUGAUAGGGUGUAUGCUUGCGUGAUGAUAUUUGUUGAAUGUUGAAAGUUGCGCUGUGGAGCCUCUUUAAUUUAAAAGUUCAUAUAGUGUUCAGCGUGGAUGUUUUUUUAAUAAGUUAAGUGUGCUUUUUCUGCCCAACUGUUAAGGCGCGUUAUUUGUUUCAGUAUGUGUUGCCCAAUUCGACCUCGUUUUAAUCACCACUUGUAAAAAAACAACAGCUGUCAGUUGUGAACUUUGUAUGACUUGAAGUUCAUUAAAGAAUUGUUCACACCUCC